AUGGAAGAAAUUAAAAAAGAAGAAGAUUCACGAAUUGAAGAAGAUUGCAUAAAAAAAGGGAAUACAGAUAUGAAAAAUGAAAAAAGAGAAUGCAAUAAUGAUGAAAAUAUAAUAAAAGAAGGAUAUAUUUACAAUUUAUUAGAUCGGUUAAAUAAUUUAAAAAAGUUAAAAGUUAAUGUAACUAGUGAUGAUGCAAAUUUAAACAACGAAAUAAGGAAAGAUGAAUGUUUACAUAACAAAAUAGAAAAAAAUGAAAAUGUAAUUCAUGGAAUGGUGAAAGAUGAAGUGUUAAAUAGUGAGAUAAGAAAAAAUAAACAUAUGAAUAAUGAAACUGAAAAAAAUGAAAAUAUAAUAUGUAAUGAAGUAAGAACGAAUGAAAACUUAUAUGAAAUGAGAGAGAAUAUAAAUUUAACAAAUGAGAUAGAAGGAAAUCAAAACAUAUAUAAUGAUAUGAGAAAAAAAAGAAAUCUACAUGAGUUAGAAAAAAUUGAAAGAUUAUUUAAAGAGAUAAGAAAACAUGAAAAUUUAUAUAAUGAAGAAGUUAAUGAAAUUUUAUUAUAUAAUGAUUUGUACAAUUUUCUUGUUGAAAAAAUAGAAUAUAUUGAUAUUGAAAAUAAAGAAAUCAAAAAAUAUUUAAAAGAAGAAAUAGAAAAAUUAAAAGAAAAUAAUAAUUUGCUAUUUGAUUUUUUAAAAAAAAGUAAAAAUGAAAAAAAUAAUAUUUUUUUAAAUAUGAAUGAUGAUAUGUUAAAUGAGUUAAAAAAUUCUUUUUAUGAAAUAUUUGAGAAAAAAUUAAGGGGAGAAUGUAAUACUGAAUGUGAAGAAAAUAUAAUGGAGAACAAAAAUGUAAGUAGAAUAUUUUCAAUUUUAUGUAAAAAGCAAGUUAUAAAUGUUUUAGAAGAGGUGUUAAAAAAUGUAUAUGCAGAUGAAAACAUUGAUGAAAAUAAAAUAAAAAGAUUAAGUAAUUUGAAUAAUUUUAUGUAUUUACUUAACACAGCAAAUAACAAAAAUAGUGGUGGGGAAAAAAUGGAAGGUAUAAAAAAUCCUUCCAUUGUUAAAAGAGAAAUUGAAGAAAUUAGUAAUGAUCAUCAUGAAAUAUCAAAUAAAACAAAUUUCAGUUCAUUAAGUAAUGGAAGUAAUAAAACAAACAAAAUUAAUAAAUUAAAUUUGAAUAAAAAAACAUCUAAUUAUUUUCGUAAAGAUAAUAAUGAAACACAAAUUAGUUUAUCAACAUGUUUAACAGAAACUUCAUUUAUGGAGAAAAAAAUAAAAGAAAAAAAUUCCAAAAAAAAAAUUCUUUAUGAAAAUAAUAAUAUUUUAACAAAUGAUAAAAAUUCAAAAAAAAUGUUUUAUGUAAAUAACAAUUCUUUUCCAAAUGAAUAUUUUAGUGAUAUGAUGGUAUAUAUUUCAUGGGUUCCCAAAAGUGCUAGAUGCCAAUAUCCACUAGAAUUACCAAAAAAUUCCGCUGAAAGAAAUAAAUUAGCUGAAUAUAUUGAAGCAAAAGAACAAAUGCUAUAUAUAUUAAAAUUAAUGGGAUAUGAAGAAAUUGAUAAUAUUUAUUUUCAUCCGCCGAAAGGAUCACAUAUAAAAAUAAAAUUUAAAACAUUAACCUGUAUGAAUAAAUUUUUAAAGGCAUAUAAAAAUACACCUGAUAAAUGGAAAGAAGAUAUGUUUAAUUUUUUUAAUAUUCCUUUAAGAAGUAGUAUAUCUGUUCGAGAUUUAAGGAUAGAAAGGGCCGUGCCGAGAUCAUCAGCAGCAGAGUUUAAGAAAAUAAAAAAAAUUAAUAAAAAUUAUCACGAUUUAUUUUUAUUCAAAGAAAAUUAUAAUUUGUGUGAUGAAAAUAUAGAAAAUAUGGACAAAAUAAAUUUUCAUUAUAAUACAUAUAAUAAAAAUAUUAUUGGACAAAAUAAAAGUGGUAGUAAUAAUAACAAAAAAAUUAAUGAAAACAAAAAAAGUUUACAAAAAACAAAGACAAGUAAUGCUAGCGAUAAUACCAAUAUUAAUAUAGGAAGCAGUGUGAAUAAUAAUAUGGAUGAUAUAGAUAGUAAUAAUAUGGUUAUAAAUAAUGACAAUAUAAAUAGUCCUUCAUUAGGUGUAAAUAACUCUCUUAAUUUUCAAAGUAAUAAUAAUACAUCAGUAAUUACAUCUAAUAAUAUAUUAAGCAAAAAUAAUAACAACAAUUUAAACAAUAAUUAUGGUGGUAGUAAGAAUAGCCCAAAUAAUAUGAAAUCAAAUAAGGCGUUUCUAACUAAUAAAGUUAAUAAUAAUAUUAAUAGUAAUAACAUAAAUAAUGAUAAUUUAAAUAAUAUUAAUAGUAAUAGCAUACAUAAUAGUAGUAUAAAUAACAAUAAUAUAAAUAAAAAUGUAAAUGGCAAAUUAAAUUACAAUACAAAUAAUAACAUAAAUCAUAAUAAUACUAUGUUUGCAUCUAGAAAUUCUUCAAGAAAUAUAUACAAUAUUAAAAAUAGGAAUUCACAUAGAAAUGGUUCAAAUUUAUCUAACUUUUUAAAUUCUUUUAAUAAAGACAUGAUGAAUAAUUUUUCAUUUAAGAAACAGACGCAUUAUGCAUCAUUUUCAAAUAAUUCUAAUAAUAAUAUGAAUUCAUUAAAUCAACAUAUUUUUACAUUGAAUAAUAACUCAAAUAAAGGAGCACAAAAUGGUAUAUCUAAUUCAAAUCAAUUCAGUAAUCAUGCAGAUUCAAAUAAUAAAAAAGAAAAAAGUGUAUUAAGAAAUUUUAAAAAUUGUUAUAUGAAUAAUUAUUCGGAAAAUAAGAACAAUACACACAUAAAUUAUAAUCAAAGAAAUAGUAGCAUAAAACAAAACAAUUAUAAUCACAAUUUUAAUGGAGAAAUAAUCAAUGAUAAAUAUAUUCAGAAUGAAGAAAUGAAAGAAGAUUUAAAAAAUUUAAUUAAUAUUGAUUUUAUUAAUGAUAUAGAUAUGGAUUAUGAAGAAAAAAGCCAAAUUAAUGAAUCCACUGCAAGAAAUGUAAGUCGUCUACAACCGCAAUCAUCUUCAAAAGGUUUUAAUACUAUGAAUAAUUGUAUAAAUGAAAAUAUAUUAAAUAAUAAAACGAAGGAAUAUGAAAAGUAUGACAAAUUAUCUUUUAAUAAUAUGAAUGGAGAGAAUUAUAUAAUGAAUCAAGAGCAUUCUAAUGAUGAAAUUCAUUUUAAUGAAAAUGAUUUUACAUAUUCCAAUACUAAUGUAAAUAAUGAUAAGGAUAUUAAUGAAAACUUUAAUUAUUUUUCUGAAGAUAAAUCAAAUUUAUAUGAUAAAAAAAAUAUGUUUAAUUAUUAUAACAAUACAAUACCACAAGUAAAUAAUAAUAUUCAUAUGAAUAUAAACCAAAACAAUACAUUAAAUUUAAAAUCAUUAAAUAACACUUCAUUAAACAUUGAUUCUACUAUUAAUGAUAAUUUUAAUUCAAUUGAGCAUAAUGAUAAUAAUUCUUCUUUAUAUAGAAAUACAUUAAGUACAAAAAUGUAUAUGGAUGAAUUAUCAUUAAAUAAUCCUUUUGAUAAAUAUGAAGAUGAAUAUUGUGAAAUUAAAAAAAAAGAAGAAAAAAUAAGAAAUUUUGAGAUAAAAAUAAAUGAAGAAGAAAAUAAAAGUUUUUUAAAUUAUUCUUUUCAUUCAUCACACGUUGAAAAUGAUCAGAAUUAUUCUGACAAUUACGUGAAUUUUUUUUAA